CAAGCCCCUCCAUCCAUUGACUUGCAGAUAGGUAGGAAUCGUUGCGCUUUCCCGUCGUCUGCAACCCUGGAGCUCCACCGACGUAACAGCAACGUGUGAAGGUGUGCGGGCUAAGACCCCGGCCCAUGUCGACGAAGCACAGUGAGCUCCGGUCUUAGCCAACACUGUCAAAGGUACAUGGAGGACCGAAUAGUUGUAGUAAGUACCUGCUUGAUAAUGUCUCUUUUUUUUUGUGUAUCCCCGGGACCAAGGCGGCUGGAUAAGAUCGACGGGCCUCUAUGGGUCUCGACUUUGUGCUUUUAGUGUUGGCACUGUUAUUAAUAGAGUACAGACCGGAAGUUUUUGUGCCUGCUCUGAAUGGUAUUAACAGGCAAGAAUCUGGAAGCUCAAUUUUAAGCGGGCGGUAUUCGUACGUUGGUGAUAGCACGGCUCACACUCCGCGGGCCUGUGGAAAUACAUCCCCAAUAAAUUUUGAUCUUGAUAGAGGUUGAGAAUUACGGUCCCAAACGGAGUCGAGGCUCGGGCGAUGCCCAGUAUAGAAAGAAACAUUGCGUACAGAGAGUCCAGCCGAUCGCUAGCAAGGCACCUAGGACGGUGACAUUUCCUGUCACCUCCUUAACGAGAGAUGGAUGCGUCGGCGACGGAAUGGAACGCAAUUGUCUGACGCAGGGCAUACUGGCGUCGAUGUUGAAUGAUAUCAUUUUCCUAUCAGCGCAGCUCGAACGACAGGAGUCCGAAGAUACUGUCAGUCUGUUUCUGUCUCGGCCCGCCUCUAUGCUCGCUCUCUCUCUCUCUCUCUCUCUCUCUUCAUGCGUGCUUCGAGGUUGCCAUGCAAGGACAUG